AUGGCCUCGUUGGAAGUUGAGGCGGUUCAAGUCUACAGAGGUCUGGUGAACGAUCUUCUCGACCGCGCGGCGCAAAUCAAGACUGACAAACAGAUCGAACCCCCGUUGACUGAGGCGCUUCUGGGCGAUCGUAUCUGGCAACUUCCAGCCGAUGAUGGGGCCUCUGGGAAGCUCCUGAACCAGCAGACCCAGCUUGCUGCGGUUGAGAUUGCUUUUCGCGAGAAGUUCUACCAUACCCUGGCUUCCACCUCUAUCAAUGACCCCUCCUUCAUUCAUAUCUGGAACCUCCUUGAUCUUGUGUCCAUUUUCUCUGACAAUGAACAAUGCGAGCCGGGUCUCAUCUUCUGGCUUAUUGAGGAACUAUUGGAUAGUCAAACAAUUGACGGUUGCCGGAAAGUAUUUGACUAUCUGGAGUCGCGUCGAGAGCGAAACAUUAAGAAACAUUUCAAGCAGAAGAGCCUGAUCAUUCUCCGAUCUUGCAAUGAACUUCUCCGCCGACUAUCACGAGCAGAAGAUACGGUCUUCUGCGGACGGGUGUUUAUCUUCCUUUUCCAGAGCUUCCCACUCGGCGAUAAAAGUUCAGUCAACCUCCGGGGAGAGUUUCAUACAGAGAAUGUCACCACCUUUGACGAAAUUGCGAAAUCGACCGCUGAGAACGACGAUGUUGAUACCAGCAUGACCGACGAAAACGAUGGUUCUGUUACACCCGAUGGACAGCAAGAUCAAAGCAACAAAGAUGACGGAGCUACAUCUGAGAUUCCUAAGGUCGUUGUUUCCCGUGGUCGAAAGGAGAAGCCAAAGGAAAAGGUGGAUCUUGACGCCCUCUAUCCUCUGUUCUGGAGUCUACAGUCCUAUUUCUCAUCUCCGAGCAAGAUGUUUGAUGCUGAGCGCUUCGCAUCUUUCAAGACUGGCCUCGAAGCUACAUUGCACGCCUUCAAGAACAUCAAAACUGAUCUUGGGAAUCAAGGCCCUGCACGGUCAGAAGAGGCGUCAAGGUCUCACAAGCGAAAACGAGGCGAUGAGGCCGAGGUCGGCACAAGUUUCAACCCCAAGUACCUGACUAGUCGAGAUCUUUUUGAUCUUGAAGUUAGUGAUACCGCUUUCCGGAGACACGUCCUUGUUCAAGCUCUCAUUCUCCUUGACUUCAUGUUGUCCCUCACUUCCAAGUCCAAAGAGCGCUUGGCGGCCCUGACUAACAAAUCCGUGCUCUAUGGAUUUGUGGUGAGCGAAGACGACGCAAAAUGGGUGGCAAACAUGCGAAAGAGCAUUGAAGGCUACCUGCAACAAGGCAAUGGUGGAAAGUUCUACUAUCGUAUGGUGGACACCGUAUUGUCUCGGGACAAGAACUGGGUGCGGUGGAAGGCCGAAGGUUGUCCGCCUAUUGAACGACCAGCCAUCUCAGUGCCUGAUUACAUGAAGGCGCGAGAUGAAGCCAGAAAGACCUAUUUCAACAAGCGUCUUCGUCCGUCACCGAUGGGAGCGCUAGACUUCAAGUUCCUCUCGGAUACCGAAGCAUUGGCCAACAUCGAACGCCUCAAGGAAUCUGACCGGUUUUCUGUUCCUGCUACUGAGAUAAUCAUGAAGAAUAUCUUGAAUGAUGAGAUGGACAUCGACAUGGCGAUGACUGACGAGGACAAGGAAACCGCCGUCCGAGCUAAAUCCAGUAAAACCUGGCGUAUUCUCCGUCUGGCGGCCAAGUCAAAACUGUCAGCAUUUGACAAAAUUGACGAUGGCAAGAAUCUAGAGGUUCUCUUUGAGAGCCCCGCCGCACCAGAAGACACGCCCCAAGCCACGGCAGGACGCGACGAUGAUGGGAACGAAGAUAUCAAGGACGCCCCUGAGAAAAUCGACGAGGACGCGCAAGAAGCGCCGGAAACACAUGAACCCUCCGUUGAGAACGAGAACAUCACCGACGGCCCCCGGCAAGAACCGAAUCCCGCUAGCGAAGAGACGGCCAUUAACCAUGGCGCCGACGUCCCUAGCGCGGCUUCUGGAGAUAAAACCAUGGAAGACUCGACGACCUGA